GUAUCUCUAUGGGAGUGUGUGUGUGUGUGUCUCUAUGGGAGAGUGUUUGUGUGUGUGUAUCUCUAUGGGAGAGUGUGUGUGUGUGUAUAUGUGUGUGUAUCUCUAUGGGAGAGUGUGUAUGUGUGUGUCUCUACGGGAGUGUGUGUGUAUCUCUAUGGGAGCGUGUGUGUUUGUGUGUCUCUAUGGGAGCGUGUGUGUUUGUGUGUCUCUAUGGGAGAGUGUGUGUUUGUGUGUCUCUAUGGGAGAGUGUGUGUGUCUGUGUGUGUGUAUCUCUAUGGGAGAGUGUUUGUGUGUAUCUCUAUGGGAGAGUGUGUGUAUGUGUGUGUCUGUGUGUGUCUCUAUGGGAGUGUGUAUGUGUGUAUCUCUAUGGGAGUGUGUGUGUGUGUGUUUGUGUGUCUCUAUGGGAGAGUGUGUGUGUUUGUAUCACUAUGGGAGAGAGUGUGUGUGUGUGUGUGUGUGUGGGAAGUUGAAUAUGAACUAUAUUUGAAAAAGUGAACGUUUCUGUAGAUGUUGAAAUUAAUGUUGGUUGCUGAAGGUGAAGUUUUAUUUAACUUCAGUAGAACAUGACUCAGUGCAAAUAUGUCACAAUGAGUGUGUGUGUGUUAGGGUAAAAGGUCAGGGUGCCUCAUGAUUGGUUGGAGUUCAUCAUCGAUUUAUGUAAAGUUGAAUGCAAUAGUUUUCACCCCCUGUGUGUUUUUUUGCUUGGAAAUAAAAAUAAAAUUGUUCUCUAGUUUACACUUUACCUACAGAAUGGAUUUAAAUGUCCUUUUAAAUAUUUGUAAAAAAAAAAAAAGUAUAUCAUACUACAUCUAAAUGUAAGAGCAUACAGAAAUACUGUACACAUAUGAAAUAUGCAAAUGAGAUUCUCUGCCUAAUCAGUCAGUGAGUCUCACUUCUUCUGUUCUGUACCUCAUCUAGGAGUCACAUGUCUGCAGAGGGAUCAGAGGACGUUGUAACGGUAAAAGUUGGUCACGCACAUUAUUAGAGAGGUCAUAGAGGAGGUUGAUGGCUGACCCUGUGCGAAGGCUGCUAGCCGUGUCCUCAAGAGACGGGGCCCAGGUGGAAGAAGUGGGCGGGGUCAGUGGCCCUGUAUCUCAAGUGGAGCUUAAGCUCGUCCAAUCAGGAUCAGAGGCAGGCUCGGAAGCGGGCCUUAAUAAUGAUGUCACAGGUUUGAUGCAACGACAACGGCUCAGCCGGAGGAAAGCUGUAGUAUAUCUGACAUUGAUAGGACUGCUGAUAUUCACUACAGCGUUCCUGCUGGGAUACGUGUCAUCUCGUGGAACGUGCCCUCUCUGUGUGGACGAGGGGGAGCUGGUGCUAGUCGAUGACACGGCCGGACCAGACCAUUCUCCCAAGACGGGGGGGAUGUACCUGGGGGAGCUGAAAGACAUGCUGAAGAAAUACCUGCAGGAGGAGAAGAUCGAGGACACUGUCCAGCGAGUGAGCAGGACUUCCCACCCUGCGGGGUCUUCAGAGGGACAUGCUUUAGCCAUGGAGAUCCUGCAGAGCUUCCAGAACCUUCACAUGGACCACACGUGGACAGACUCACACUACGCCACACUACAGUUCCCCUCCAGUAUGCAGAGGAACGCACUGUGGUUGGUUGAUGCGGAGGGGGUGGAGCUUGAGGAGAUUCUAUUAGACCGUGCCGAUUACUGCGCAUACAGUGCUACAGGAACCGCCACGGGAGGCGUGGUUUAUGUAAAUUACGCCCGUCAGGAGGACUUUGAUCAGCUGAGGAAGAUGGGCGUGACUCUGAAUGGCUCCAUUGCCGUAGCGAGGGUCGGAGGUGGCGUGAGCUUCGCUGAGAAGGUGUGGCAUGCGCAGGAGGCGGGGCAUGUGGGCAUCCUCAUUUACCCAGACCCCGCCGACAUUCCACAGGAUCCACGCCGACUUGGUCUCCAUAGCAACGCCGCUAUCUCCGAACAUGUGCACCUGGGAUCAGGUGAUCCCUUCACUCCUGGUUUCCCCUCCUUUAAUCACACCCAGUUCCCACCCACCCAGUCCUCUGGGCUGCCAAUCAUCUUGGCUCAGCCAAUCAGUGCCAAUGUGGCUUCCAAACUGCUCAGUCAGCUGUCGGGCAUGGCAUGUCCACGGGGGUGGAGUGGGCGUCUCCCGUACGUCCGUUGUGUUCUGGGUCCUGAGUUUUCAGCAUCAGAUGGACGGAAGGUAAAGAUGGCCAUCUAUAACACCAUGACCUCCGUCCUGCUGAACAACAUUUUUGCCUCCAUUGAGGGCAAAGUCGAGCCUGAUCACUAUAUAAUAAUGGGGGCUCAGAGGGACUCGUGGGGUCCAGGAGCCGUCAAGUCCGGAGUAGGAACAGCAGUUCUGCUGGAACUCGCACGCAUUUUCAGUACCAUGGUGCAGAACGGGUUUUCUCCUCGACGCAGUUUGCUUUUCGUCAGCUGGGACGCCGGAGAGUUUGGAAACGUGGGCGCCACCGAGUGGCUGGAGGGUUACCUGUCCAUGCUACACCUGAAAGCUGUGGCCUACUUCAGUCUGGACCAGGCAGUCAUGGGUGAUGAUACUUUCUCUGUGUCCAUGAGUCCCUUGCUUGCUGACCUCAUCGAAGGAGCCAUUAAACAAGUUGAACACCCUAAGCACGUAGGUCAGUCCAUCAUGUCUGUGGCUGAAGCUCAGGGAGGUUGGAGGAGAAGACUGAAGCCGUUGUAUCUGAACAGUGGUGCGUACAGUUUCACAGCGUUCGGUGGUGUUCCUGCCAUGGAGCUGCGCUUUCAUGAGGAGGGCCAUGUGUACCCGUUUGUGAACACACAGAUGGACAGUGUGUUGCGUCUGCAGGAGCGUCUGCAGGGCCGUGUGUGUGUGGUGGGCCGGGCCGUGGCUGAGCUGGUGGGCCUGAUGGUGCUGAGACUCGCUCAUGAUCACAUCAUUGCUCUGGACAUCACACACUACAGCACCACCUCCCUCAAACUCAGCGCCGUGCUCACACAGCUGUCUGCGGAGCUACAGGCACGCGGUCUGUCCCCUCAGUGGGUGUACAGUGCGAGAGGAGAUUACAGUCGAGCUGCUAAAACACUGCAGGAGGCCAUUAAGAAUACAGACAUACAGGACGAGAGGACAACACGCCUCUAUAACACACGCCUCAUGAGGGUGGAGUACUACUUCCUGUCUCAGUAUGUGUCAGUGGUGGAGACUCCAUUCCGUCAUGUGCUGCACGGUCGUGGUGAACACACUCUGAGCGCGCUCACUGAGCAUCUCUCCCAGCUGCGUUCUCAUCCUCACCUGUUCCAUGAGGCUCGGUUCCGUCGCCAGCUCGCUCUGUUCACCUGGACACUUCAGGGUGCGGCCAACGCGCUGAGCGGUGACGUCUGGAACAUCGACAACCUGUUCUAGAACCAUAACUGCCCCGUCCAACCAUUUAGGACUCCUCAAGACUGUUCAGUGCCUGUUCUAGAACCUGCAAAAUCCCUUCUAAAACACUUAAAACCAUGUAGAACCUUCAACAAGCCGUUUAGACCCCCUCCUGUAACCUAUAUAUAAUUGUAGAACAUUUACAAUCCAGUCUAAAAGCAUCACAAUCUCUUAACACCAUUCAAAACCCAUUCUAGAACAUUCCAGAACUUUCUGCAUAACUCUUUCUGAAAGCUGCACAAUCAGAACCUUUCUUUCUAGAACCGUCAGUACUUCCAAAACCCAUUUUGGGGCAUUUACAGUGCAUCCACAGAAUGGCAUAUUACAAUGGCCAGGUAACAUUCUAGAACCUUCACUACCCUUUUUAGGACCUUCUCAUCCUGUUAGAACCACCGACAACCUAUACUAGAACAUUUACUCCAUAUCAAGAAUAUUCACAAACCCCUUGAGAUCAUUUGCAACAAAUUCUAGAUCCUUCUCUGCCCAUUCUAGAACCUGGACAACUCCCUUAUAGACUAUUCUCAGACCAUUCUCGAACCUGCAUAUGCGUGUGUGUGCGUGCGUGUGUGUGCUGGCAGUCUCUCUCAUUAAUUAAUGAUUAAUAGACCGUUAUGAUUACGUUGUAAUUCUUUUUUAUUACUGAGUGAUAAUGUUGUUAAUAGAAGCAGUAAUUAUCGAGAGCAGUGUCUCUCAUAAUUAUGACAGUCAUACUGUCGUCCAAUCAAAAAGCAGCAUCUGCUAUCAAUCGUCCCUGCGAUGUCAGAGCCACGCCCCUGGGCUGUGACAUCACUGGGUUCUGUUUUGCCAGUGAUAAUGGAGAUGAAUCACUUCCCCUGUAGCUGUGAUGUCAGAAGCGUUGUGUGUCACUCGCUCUUAGAAGGCAUGUGGUGUAUCUGAUGAUGUUCAUGCUCUGUGUUUGUGAUGGUAUUGAUUAUUGAUCAUGAGGAUGAGGACGAAGAUGAUGACACAGUGAGAUCAACUCCAAUAAAUUAUUUCAGCAAA